AUGAAUCUGAGCACGAAAAAUCGCAUUCAAAAGGAGCUUAAAGAUAUUAAGAAGGACCGUAACCCUUUGUACAAAGCAGUAAAUACGCCCCCAAAGGUGAAGUUUAUUACCAAAGUGUACCACCCAAAUAUCAAUAGCAAUGGAAGCAUUUGCCUCAACGUCCUAAAAGACGAAUGGAGCGCUGCCCUUACCAUCCCUAAGGUGUUGAUCUCAAUCAUGUCCUUGCUGACUAUACCUAACCCUGACGACCCUCUCGACAAGGAUGUCGCCCACGUCUACAAGACGGAUCUACAGGCCUACAACGCCACUGCAAGCGCAUGGACUCUCCAGCAUGCGCAAAACAAAUAA